AUGGAAAAACAACUGCAAAUUAAGGAAAUACACCAAAAGUUCAUCUGCCGAAACAUCAACAAUUUUGCUGUCUCUAGGAAUGUGAGUAGCAGUCACAAUUUCUCCCAGAGGCAAGGAUUAAGCUGGUUUAAGGCCGAUGAGCCUCUUUUGGCGCCAGUGGAAAAAAUCAAACGUUUUGACAAAAAACUCAUUCCAUUUGGUUUUUCUGGGGUCAAGAAAUGUGUUAAUUUAACUGAAGAACAGAAGACAUUACCCAAUGGAGAUAGCUAUAGUGUAAUGCUAUAUAAGAAAUAUGGUAAUUACAAAGCUCCUCUCCCUCCUGAUAUUGAACCCCUCCCCUUUUCUGACACAUAUGUUUACACAAGGGUGAUGAACACUGAUGAGGGUGCCAAGCAAUGGGCUGAAAUCACAGAGAAAAAGAAACACUUAGAAAAACUAAUACGUGGAAUGCAAAAUCUGGAAUCUGAAAAUAUUUCGGAAUGUCUGGGAUUCUGUCAUUUAUCAAGAACGCCUAUGGAAAUUGGAAAAGAACCAGACAAAUCAAACCAUGUACCUUUGAAGCAACCUGGUAUCACUCCACUUCCCCCAAACAUGAUACAGAAAAAACAAGACAGUGUUAGUACAGAGCAACACUCCAAACCAAACUUGAAAAAGCAAAAACAAGACAGUGUUAGUACAGUGCAACACUCCAAACCAAAUUUGAAAAAGCAAAAACAAGACAGUGUUAAUACAGUGCAACACUCCAAACCAAAUUUGAAAAAGCAAAAACAAGACAGUAUCAGUACAGUGCAACACUCCAAACCAAACUUGAAAAAGCAAAAACAAGACAGUAUUAGUACAGUGCAACACUCCAAACCAAACUUGAAAAAGCAAAAACAAGACAGUGUUAGUACUGUGCAACACUCUAAACCAAACUUGAAAAAGAAAAAACAAGACAGUACCAGAACAGUGAAACAAGACUUGGAGCAGCUGGCAAUACAAACACUUCUAGCUCAAAAUCUCAUUGGGAUAAAGCAAAUGGUAGACCAGGCAAAAGCCUCUGGUAAAUCAGUUAUUCUGAUCCCAAUAGUAAAUAACUGGAAUAGUAAUCCUCCUCAAGCUAAGAAGAAUACUGCCUUGGUCUGCCCUCCUGGGAUGAACCAGACAUCGAAUAUCUCUACAGGGCCACCCCAAAGACCUUUAGAUCCAACAAUGGUAAAACAGCAGCAAAAUAGCACAGUGGAUAAUAGUGAUAUUAGUGAGCAGCCACCACCAGCUAAAAUGUUAAAACUAUCAACUGAUCCAAACAAAGAAUCUGAGGUCACUGUUAAUGACAAGUCUAAAACAGAUGUCCCAGUCACUGGUAAAGACAAUUCUGAAACUGUUCCCCAGCUUAGUCUGUUGAAAAACAAAGCAAUUAUAUUGAAGUCUGAAAUACCAAAAUCAACCAUUGGUGGAAAGAAAGAACCGCCACAUGUCCCCACUAAUGACACAAGCAGGGAACCAGUCCCUUUAAACAAACGUCCAACUACAAACACUCUCCCUACUGCUGAGUUCAAUAAAACAGUCUCAAUACCUGCUCCUCAAGCCAUAAACACAACAAUUGGAAAAACUGAUGCCAAACAUGAGGAUGGCACUCCAAAGACAACUGAUUUGUUCAUCAAGGGUCCUACUGGGCAGACAAUCCAUGUAAAAUGUGACUUACAAAAGGGGCAAACUGCCCCUAGCCUCAGUGAAGCCCAACUGAGAGCUAUUCUCGCUGCUGCCGAAAUGGCGAAACAUGCUAUACCUUUAAAUAUAAAUAAACAACAAUCUAUGCCUGUAAAUAUGAAUAAGAAGCAGCCCAUGCCUGUAGAUAUGAAUAAGAAACAACCCUUGCCUGUAGAUAUGAAUAAGAAACAACCCAUGCAUGUAGAUAUGAAUAAGAAACAACCCAUGCCUGUAGUUAUGAACAAGAAACAACCCACGCGAGUAGAUAUGAAUAAGAAACAAUGUGUGCCCAUAGAUAUGAAUAAGAAACAACCCAUGCCUGUAGUUAUGAACAAGAAACAACCAAUGUCUGUACAGGCUAUACCUGUAGAUAUGAAUAAGAAACAAGAUGAGCCUUCAAGUAUGAAUAAGAAACAACCCAUAUCUGUAGAUGUGAAUAAGAAGCAACCUGUGCCUGUAGAUAUGAAUAUGAAACAACCUAUGUCUGUAGAUGUAUCUAAGAAACAACCUAUGUCUGUAGAUGUGUCUAAGAAACAAGAUGAGUCUUCAAGUAUGAUUAAGAAACAACCCAUAUCUGUAGAUGUGAAUAAGAAGCAACCCAUGCCUGUAGAUAUGAAUAAGAAACUACCCGUGCUUAUAUUUACCAAUAAGAAACAGGCUAUGCCUGUAGAUAGGAGUAAAAAACAAGCAAUUCCUGUAGAUAUGAAUGAAAAACAAGCUAAACGGAUACCUGAGAUGAACACUAAUCAGAACAGGAUUUCCCUUUCCAAUGCCAGCAACAAACCAAAAUGUAUGGACAAGCAAGCAAGAGAACUGAUUGGUUCUUCAGUACCAGAAAAACAGGAUCAAGUAUUGUCAUUGAAAUCUAUGCACCGCAUGCAUGAAGACAACCCUCAUCUUGAUUCAACAUUAAGCAGUCAAUCUACAAAACUUGCAUUCAAAACACCUCAGUUGAUGCAUGAAACAACUCGAAAGGUAUCUCAGCAACCAGCUUUAAGAAAUCAAAAUCCUGUCACACAAAGAGGGGAAUCAAAUGAUCAGGAAUUAGACUCUGGUGAUCCAUUAUUGGAGCUAGAUUCACAUGCCCAACAAACAGAAGGGUCUAUUGAGUCAGUGAUGCAAGAAAUUUGUCAUGUUGAAAGUUGCAUUUUUCCACCCAUGAGGGUAUCAAAAAGUAUUCAAACACAACCAGUUUGUAUUCCUUUAUCUGCGAAUCAAAUCAACAAAUCAACAAACAUUACAGAGAAGGAAUGUGAUGAGGAAAUGCCAAGGGACAUUUUGAAUUAUGAAACAGGUGAAAUUGAAGUAGAAGUUGGUAAUAUCCAAAACAAAAAUGGUAACCUAACAACAGAGUGUGAUAAAACAGUUGAACAAAAGGUAUCUGAUUCUGUUGAAAGUGUUCUAACUCAGAAUAAAAAUGACAACAAUCCUGAUCACAGCAAUAAAGGUUUAAUUCAAGAAUCUGAGGAUGAACAUAUGGAGGUAUCAGAGGUAAGCCAAACUAUGCACACAGCUGAAGAUAUGACAGAAAAACAAAAGGGUGAUGAUGAUGGCAUACAAGACCAUUCACCAGCAAGGAAGAAAUGGAGAUCAUCCAUUGGCUUCACAGAUGAUGACAUUGCCAGGUGGAGUAGAAAAUGUUGUGUCAUGCAAUGUCGAGCCAAUUCAACAAUUUUCAAUUUUGAUUCUGAGAGGUCGAAUAAAGUUACAUUUCACAAGAUUCCUAAAGACACCAUUCAAAGGCAUACAUGGUUAGUUCAUUUGCAAAGUCCAAAGGCCAGUAAGUCUAGCUUGGAAGAUCUUUAUGUGUGUUCAAUUCACUUCAAAACUGGAGACUUUGAAGACAAAGAGAUGACAAAAUUGAAGAACUCUGCUGUUCCUUCCAGGUAUCUAUGGACCAAAGGUCCCGAGUGUGAAGAUGACAAGAAACCAAAGGAAUGUCAGUGUAAAUAUAUUCUUCAACAGCAUUAUGGUGAAAUGUUAUUUGAUUUCAAUAACAAAGAAACAGAACUGAAAGAACUGUGGGAUAUUUUUCAAUUGUACUUUGAAGAAUCAAAAUUCAGAUUAGAAAAUAUUGCCAAGUUCUAUACAGAGCUUCAUUAUAAGAUGCAUCUCAUAAACCAUAUGAAGCAAUAUUGUGAAGCAAACAUGAUGUCAAUAUUUGCUGACAGAAUUGAGGAUUCAGAAAUGUUUCAUGCAGUAACCGGUUGUCCCAACAUUAUAGCCUUUGUUGCAUUGUAUGAAUACUUACAAAUUGGGCAAGAUGAGGAGAGAAUUGCCCAGUGGGAGAAAGCGUGUGCCUUAUCAACUGAACUAGUUGAAAGAAAGUAUAAAGAUGAGAUUGAACAGUCCAGAAAAGAACCUUCCGAACCAUCCACUGAAGUGAAACUUCUGCAGAAAUUGUUAGAGAAAUAUGAAAAUAAAAGUAAUCAAGACCUUUUGGAUAAGAAUGAAGAGGAAAAGAGGAAGGUGGAAGAAGAGGCGAGACUAAGACAAGAAAAAAUAAAUAAGAGCAUUGCUGAAUGCCAGAGAAGAAAAAGGGAAGCUGCUGAAAAGAAAAGACAGGAAGAUGCUGCCAAAGGUAUUCAUCGAAAACCACACCGUGGUCGUAAAAUCUUACGUGUUGACUCAGAUGAGGAGCUUAUUGAUGGGAAACUGUACAAGAAGAAGGACCUCAUUAAUGGUAGACCUAUUAGUGAGUUUAACUUUGAAGAGUUUAUCAAUACUAAUUUCCCACCUCUUCCAAAGAAAGAGGGAAAGAAUGAACUGCUGAGCAUCGAUGAGUUAUUUCUAACACUGUUCAAACUAAAAAUGAAUUCAAAUAUCUUUGAUAUAGCAUGUAUAAACAACAUGGAAAUUGAAUAUAUUCUGAAGACAGUAUCCAAAUGGCAAACAUACAUGUAUUUACGACUCAGUGGUGAAGAGGUUUCUGUAGGAAGGAUACGCCUGAACUUACCAGAUUGUGUGAAAAAUCUCCACCCAAACCUUAGACUUGCAGUAGAUGGUAAUGAUGUUAGCCUCUCCCCUGUUGAAGACCUGAUGGCACAAUGUAAUUUGGACGAUUCCUCAGAAAGUGAUAUAAAUAUUGAGGAGAUUAAUCAGGAGUUUAAACAUGGUAGAAGUCCCUAUAGGUUUGAACCAAAGGCAAGACUUAAAAAGGAUAGAGGUGGAAAGGUAAAUAAGAAAACAAAGAAAGGAAAGAGAACAAGUCCAGAAAUAUUAAAACGUGGUGGAAAAAUCUUAUCACACCCAGAUUCUGUGAAACACAAGAAAUCAAUGAAAGAAGAAGCCUUUGAAUACAAUUCCUCCGAUUAUGAGACAGAUUACAGUGAUGAAGACAUUGACAGCGACUGUAUGAAUCCUGAACUUAUGGGAUAUAGAUUUGAACCAUGCUUACGACUAAAAGAAGGAAGGACAAAGAAAUAUAAAUUAAAAGAAUCCAAAAUUGUCAAAGGUGCACAAAGGAAGGAAACAAAAAUCAAAAAAGAGAAUGAGGCUGUAAGUAAUGGAACACCAAAGCUAGAGAGGAAUGAAUACAAUUCAUCAGAUUAUGAAACAUACUUCAGUGAUGUUGAGGACGACUAUGUCCUUGGAAGCAGACCAUAUAUGUUUGAACCAAAGUUAAGACUUAAAGAGGGUAGAAAUGGGAAAAGGAAUGAGAAAUCACUUGCAAGAGAAGAAUCAAGCAAAGGGAUUGAGCAGCAGAAUAGCAUUGAAUAUAAUUCUGAUGAUUAUGAGACAGAUUAUAUUUCUUCAGAUUAUGAACCUUACUAUAGUGAUUCUGACUCAGAGUCUGGAAUGUGGGGAUACAAAUUCCCAGACAUGAGGCUAAAACCAGGUAGGAAAAAGAAGUAUACACUCAAAGCAUCUAAACUUAGAGAAAUGAAAUCUAAAGUAAAACAAAGUCCUCCACAGCUGAAAAUGGAGGUAUACUCAGAAGAACCAGGAACAUCAACAGGGGCCUACACUGAUUUUGGACUGAAAUUAAAUGAGACUAGUGAUGCAUCUGAUGUAGAUUCCAAUGCGACUAAAGGUUACAAGGGUGGGGAUAUAUCUGACACUGACUCAAAUGCUACUAGAGGCUAUGGUGACGUUAAGAUGGAAGAUGUUGAGGAUGAAGCUUCUCUGUAUGCAGCCAAGUUUGAGCCUGACUCUACAGAGGACAUGGCAACCACCAGUCAAGAUAUGUGUUAUUCAGAUGACACUAAACCAAGACUUGACACAGUUGAAGAAUAUUUGUGUGGUGGUUCAGACAAACCAACAUUACAAGGCUUCAAAACUGAGCAACCAUUAGCUGUACCAUUUGCAGGAGUACAAUAUUCAUCAUUAAAAACUGAAGUGUCCAUAAAAGUAGAAAUUGAGAAAAAUGCAAACGAGGAUGAUGCAUUAAGUGAAACAUCUGAAAUAUCAAAUAUGCAAAGUACAUCUGCAAGUAAUGACCUGUGUAGUAUAGGUAGUGAAUCCCUUGGCACAGGCAGUUUUAUCAUUAAAAAUGAGCCAUACGACCCAGAGUAUGAUUCUAGCAUCUAUGGUGCGACUGAAGCAACCCAAACAUUCACUGAUGAAAUGGGUAAUACAUACAGAGCCCAGAUAAUUGAUAGAGGGAGUCUUAACAGGAAUGAGUAUACAACAGUACAUUUGGGAAAUGAGCAGAAUGAUCAAAAUUUUCAAUCACCAAACCUUGGAGCAGCAUUUCCUGAUGGCGAGUUCAAAGUUCUUCUGAACCCUGAAUUUGGUAAGACAGGACAACAAAUAGCAAAAUCUAAAUGCACUAACUCUGAGAAGCUUAGUGAAAAAGAAGAAGGUGAUAGUUUUAAGCAGCAUUUUGACAUUAAUGACACUGUAAAAGAUGGAGCAGGUUUCGUGAAUAUUGAAGUUCCAACUAAACAAGAAGUGGAGUUUUUCACUAAAAGUCAGAAUUAUAUAGGAAAUCUUCAAAAAGAAUUGACCAAUGAUUCUGAUUUUAUCAAACUUGAAAUUCCCGAUGAGGAAAUGGAUUUUGGUGCUGAAUCUUCUUUUGAUCUCAAGGAAAAUAUGAACCAUGACUCAGUGUUUGAAAAUGAAUAUGCAACUAAAAUUGAACCUGGUAAUGUGAAAUUAGAGAACAAUAACAUUAAGCAUAAUGAAGAUGACAAUGUCACAAUGGAGGAAAGAGACAUGGACACCACUGAAUGGUAUGACAAUACUGAUGAAAAGAAAGAUAUUCUAAGUAGCAUCAACAUGUCAGACAUUCCAAAUGGUUGGACAACUUGCUAUGUUAAAUUGAAAAGACAUGUCAGAAAAGGUGCAAACAAACGUUAAUGUGUGUUAUAAUGUGAACGAAUAUAUUUUCAUGAAGUGAAUAUGGAAGCAACUUUAUUCUUAGUGUUACUUGGGUGAGUUUAAAAUCACCUCUAUCAUAAAUUGGCAGAGACAAAAAAGGCAAAACCAAUUGCAAAUAUUUGUUGCCUUAAAGUUUGGGUAUCACGGAAGGAUCUGAUCUGAUCUGAUCUGAUGUGUUAGCUAGUAUUGAAAGCAAUCAUUAAAUCUUCCAAAAUGAAGCUUCCAAAUGUCUAAAAUCUGAAGAUCCACCAAAUCAAAUAAAUUAUGCAAGUAAUAUUAAACUUUAUUUUCAUAAUCAAAUAUGCAAAAUCUAUAGUCAAAGUAAGAUGAAAACUGAUCCUAUAACUCUAUUUGAAAUUAAACUGUGAACUUUUUCUAUGUUUGCCAUAAUUGUCUGCCAUUCUAUCUGACCUGAAUUAGCUGAAUUAGUGAACCUGGUAACUAUCUUAUAAUCUAGCACCUGGGUAAUUGCAUCUGAAUAAGUUACUCAGUUACUUACUCGGUUACAGUUUCCUUUGGAGUUUGGUAGUUCUCGUAUUCUAAAACACUGAUGAUAAGAAUAAAUGACUAAGACUUCAGAUUGCAUCAAAUCUACCAAUUUGUGAAUAAUUCUUAAUUUACUUGUAAACUCAAUUUGGCUAAUAUAAACUUAUUCAACUUAUUCGUUGAUUUAUCUGAAUUUCCAAUGAUGUCCUGAAAUUCAAGCAAUUAAAUAGGCAUUUUUAUUUGAAAUUGUAUUUAUUCGUUUUCAUUUAAUAGGUUCCAUUUUAAAUAUGUAUUUUACAUUAAGCUACAUAAAAAUAGUAUAUGGAUAAGUACAUGUAAUAUGAAUAUCAGAUGAAGAAUAUUUGGGUUGAGCAUCAUAUAGUAUUAAAUGCAUUUACUGUUCACUCUCAUAUUUUACAUUGCAAUAACAUUUAUAUUAUCAUACUUUGUUAAAUAAUUAUGUGCUAAUACAAUGUAUGUGUCAGAUGCAAACAUUUGAAAUAUAUUUUUACAAUUUUACUUCUUAUAGUUACAUCUUCUCAUUAUGGAAAUGAUCAUCAUUGAUGAUUUUAUUCAUUGAUGAUUUUAUUCAUUGAUGAUUUUAU